AAGAAUAUAAUAAGCUUAAAUAUUUAAAAAAGGUCUUAUACUAAGUUAAAAACCAAAUUUUAUGUCAUUAGAAGACUUUAAUGAAAAUAAAGAACGCUCUGUAUGGAAUUUGUUUCAGAAAAAGAAUCUACGCCAUCCAGAAAUGCAGGAAAAAGGGGUAUAUUCAUGUAUUAAGCAGGUUGAUAUAGAGAGGAAUCCUCCAAACUCGGUUAUUCGUCCUCUUCUAGUGCGUCCGCAGGCUAGAGAAGAGCCUACGAUAUUAUGGAGAGAAAAGAAGAAACGUAGCAUACCUACAAAUGCAUCAAGAAGCAGUACAUCGGAUAAUGGAAGUAGUAGUUUUUCUACGUCAAAUGAGUCUAGAAAUGAAGAAUUUAAUAAAUGGAAACAAUUUAUUUUUGCAUAUGCACAAGAUAUGUAUAAUCUAUCGCGUCCGCCAUCACCGCCUACAAAACUUAGAACGCCGUAUUUUAUACCGCCAAGGCCUUUUAAUGAGGGAGAACGUAUUGCUGCGCUAGAAAGAUAUAAUAUUCUUCCUAUAUUAGAUAAAAAUUCGGGGGGUUUAUCAUUUUCUAGCAGACCGAACCAAAAAAAUGAAGCGGAACGUCUUAAACGACUAGUUAUUGCGGCACGAGAUUUUUUUUCGACGCCUAUUGCCUUAAUAUCACUAAUUGAUGAGAAUCGAUGUUAUUUCAAGUCAGAAGUAGGACUAAAUAUGCAAGAAAUUGAUAGAGAUGUAACAUUUUGUGCCCAUACAUUACUUAGUAUUAAUCCAAUGGUAAUUCUUGAUGCAUCUAAGGAUUGGAGAUUUAAAGGAAAUCCUCUAGUAACAGAUCCUCCUUAUUUUCGUUUUUAUGCAGGCGCACCAAUUAUUACACCGGAUGGAUAUGCUAUAGGAACUAUUUGUGUUAUAGAUACUAAUGCUAGAUUAUUUUUUACUUCUCAGGAUCAACGUCCACUUUCUCAAUUUGCUCGUAUGGCUAUGGAUGAAAUUAUCUAUAUUUCUCAAAUUAAUAAGAAAACUAACCCUUUUGAAACCGAUUUUCAAAAAUUGUCAUUAGAAUCAUCUACUAACUUUCCUGAAUUAAAUUUUGUUUCUACAACAAAUGAUUAUCAAGCAGUUUCAAAUAACAAAGAUGUUUCAAGUAGCUAUUCCCAGAAGUCUCCUUCCGAAUAUGUUUUUAAAAAUUUUGAUCAAGAAUUGAAAGCUAAGCCUAGUCAAAAUUUUGGAGAAACUACUCAAACUUCUUUUAAAUCCGAAGAAAUUGCUACUAUUAAAGAUCCUUCUUUUUAUGCAAUACCUUCUGAUUCACGAAUUGGAGAAAAACAUCAAAUUAUUGCUGAUGCUUACAAAUUUAAUAGUCUCCAAAAUUCUCCAUUGUCACGAACAAAAUAUAAUAAAGAGCAAAAAUCAUCAUUUCAUUCAUCUCUAAUUUCUGAAAAUAAAACACUUUCUCCUCAAUAUUUUUCUAACAUAUUAGAAAAUAAAGGAUAUGAUAAUAAGAAUUAUUCUGAAUCUACACAGGCUUCAUUAGAUAUGAAUAAAAAGGAGAACACACAGGUAUUAAAAAAUUCAGAAUUAACCCCUCCAUCAACACCAGUUAACUUAAAAAUUAAUUUUGUUAAUUCUAAACAUAAAAAUACUAUCUCGAAAGAAGACUCUACAUUGAAUUCACAGACAUUUUCUUCUAAUACAUCUCAUCCAUCUGUUUUUGCUACACACGUUAUAGCAUGUACUUUGGGACUUGAUUUGGUUUAUAUUGUUCAAAUUCUUCCUAGCAAUUCUACAUUGUCAAAAUUUCAAAAAAAUGAGAACGAGACGACACCUAAUGUUUAUCUAGAUAUUGUAGCUGGUUGGGGCUUACCUGAUCCUCCUCCUGUCUUGGAUCCAGCAUUGCAUUUACGCGCUUUAAGAUCGGAAGGUGGUCUUAUUUAUCGAAAUCCAUUACACUUAAAUGAAGAUUGUCUUGAUUAUAAAGUCGGUAUUUUAGUACCUCUUUGGAGGGAUGAUAUAAAUGAAUCAAAUACCGAAAAUUCAUUAAAGGAAUUGUUAUCCAAAAGUAGUUCUGGUGUAGUUUUAGCUGGUUUUACCAAAAAGGAACGUACAAGUAAAGGGUUUUCCUUAGAUGAAAUUCAAUAUCUUCGAAAGUUUGGAGGAGUUUUAGAAAAAGUACUUAAGUUAUCAAAUAUUAAAUAAAUAUUUUUUAUAAAAAACUAACAUUUCUUGCUAAUAUUUUGAUUCA